AUGCCCGACACAAGCGAUGAUGAUAUUUCUAUUACUUCAACAGCGCCAAGCGAGCAGCUCUCUGAAUAUCUUGUUGAUACCGUUCUUACUGAGCGUAUGACCGCAGAUGGCAUGAGAUAUCUUGUGAAAUGGGAGGGCUAUGGCACUGAAAGAAGUACAUGGGAGUCAGCCGAUUCAUUCCAUAGCGCUGAGACAUUGAGAGAUUGGAAUAAGAAAAAAAGGCAAGUUGCAGAAGGAAGACGCCCAGCGUUUGAUCUAAAAGGAUGGCAAACGCACCUCAUCGCUCUUGAAAAUGCCAAAAAUAAGCGAAGGAAGAGACGGGAGGCAAAGAGAAGAAAACUCACUCAGUCAGAAAAUGGCGCGAGUCAAAAUCAAAAAGAGAAUCCGCCAAAAAAGCUGCGUAUUGAAACCAGCAUAGCGCGCACAAAAGCCGAGGAUAAGCUGCGCAAUUCCAUCGUAUCUGCUGUUUCGACUCAGUCUCCUCUCAUCAGCAAAAGUGCGGGGUUUCUUCCAACUACAACGUUUGAAAAAUUGUCACUGAAUACCAAUGCUUCUCGAUCAUCACUGCAAAACGAUGAUCGAGUAAAGCCCGUGCCACAAAGGCCUGCUGCGGUGGCGUUUGGAAGCAGUGAGGGCGUUCCUACAGGCCCGAGGGGCCUUUUGGCAACUCGUCACAAGAGGCGAAAUUCUUUAGAAUCUAAGCAAUUCUCUCUAACUGCAAAAUGGAGGCACGAGAAGGCAAAACAUUACGAACCGGCCCCCGAUAUCAACCAGCUGGAGCUUGUACGACCAUCCGACUGGCCUCCCCGAACCGGUGUAAACACAGCAAAAUUGGGAGGUCAUGUGGUCAGCUCACCAACGGGAGGUAGCCCCGCUCCUUCUCCAAGAGAAAGUGAUAAACUCGGUCCACUUGUAUCGAACUCUCCGGUAAACAGGGGCGAUAAUUCUCGGUCUUCCCUUGAACAGUCAUAUUCAUUGAGGUCAAGGGGCGAUUCAUGGAGACCAGGGGACGUGUUUUCCUCCCCGCCUGGUAGACCUUCUCGUCCAGAGACGUGGAAUUCCUACUCUGAUGCAGACAAACCCACAGGCCCGAAUUACAAUCAAGACUCCAGGCGUGAACCGUCACCACCAAUGCCUCCUAUGCCCCCAAGGAAGCCUGGGCCCUAUAGCAAAUUCAUUUUUCAGGACCGCUUCUGUAACCCCACAAGCGAGCUUCUGGUCCAUGUUUUUUAUGGAAGAGACAAAAAAGAGAUAGGUACAGCCAGACUAUGCGGAAUGACCUUUCCAUGCAAGGACAAACUUCAAAAGUCUAGGACGGGCAAGAGAAUCGAACUUUGGUUCCAACACUUCUGUACGCUUCAGCAAUACAGAAAUCUGUGUAACAAUACCAGGAACAAUUUCAAAUAUUUCAAUGGCUGGAUUGAAGGCUAUGACGACACCGAACCAGGCAUAUAUAGGAUGGGGCGUGAGCUUGAGCGAGGAGACUUUGUGGGUAUUUGCGAGUUUGGGGACUUCGUGUUUCUCGCUUAUCCUCGUUCUUCUGCCUUUAGCUUCCUCGAUGGCGGCUUAAGAUACCCGUCAGAUGCCUUCAUCAAAUUCGCUGUGAGGGCUCCACUGGAUAAUAUUGAGUGGUUUCUGAAGCGACUUUCGCCAGACAACAGCCUUGGUACGAGGGAGGACGAAAGAAUUCCACCCGCUGAAGAAACAAUGACCAUGAUAAAGAAAACCACAGACAAUCAGAAGCUACUUCAAGAAGAGAUUCCAGAAAGCAAUCAGAGUUUGGCUAUCAAAGGGAUUUCGGCAAUGAAGAAACAUGUGGUCGCUCAUGGACAAACUGAAAAGUCACAUAUUGAAAGUCCAAUGACCGCAACAAAGAACAGCUCAGGCAGGCAGGGGUUACAAUAUCGGGAAGAAGUUCCUGCAAGCAAUCGAGGAUUUAGUAUCAAAAGUCUUUCAGCAAAGAAGCCAUUGGCUGGUCAUGAGCAAGCUGAAAUGAGCACAGCAGCAACAUUUCUUAAUAACAAUGAUACACCAGAAUCAUUCACUGAGAGCUCUGCAGCUGUUGAAAAUCCCACGCCUCAAGAGCCAGCAGCUGCCAAAACCUCCACACUUAAUGAAGGUCCUCCUGUUGAAGAGCCUCCGCUCGUUGAUGAAUCUCUACCUGCUGACGAACCUCUUUCCAUGGAUGAACUUUCGCCUGUUCAUGAACCCAUUGUUGUUGACAAGGCUAUGCCCACGCUGCCCACUGGUCAGCUUCCGGUCAUCCAUAAGCCUCAACCUACCGAAAACCAUUCGACAGCUGGAGACGUCCAAGACGACCUUCCACCAGCAAAAAUGCCUAUCCAAGCUGAAAACCCGCUGACCGUUCAAAAUUUCAACCUCGAUGCUUUUUUCAAGGAAAAUUACAAGGUCACAUUUGAAGAUCUAGCCACUGUGAAUGGAUCCGAUAAGAACGCACAGGUCUUCUAUCUGAUGUUCCCUCUUGAUAAUGAAAUUGUCCAGCAACAAUAUCAAAUCCUUGUUGAAUUCCUCAAGAAGCACAAUGCCCUUAUAUACUCUAAUCAUCUUCCAGAUGAUUGGGAAAAGUUCAGACGAACAGCAAGUCGAGGAGUUGUUCUGUUUCAUGAGACCUUUGUGGAAUACCAUGCUAUUCCUUCCUUUCUAGAGAGCACCCGCAAAAAUUUCUCCUUCUGGACCCUGUCUCUAUAUGCUCCCCUGCAGCAUUCAAGUCGUCCAGUGUACUUUCAGCGCAUUUUCCCACAUGGUGGGGUUAUCCUGCUUACCGAAGACUUCAUGAUUCGCGAGCCUGAUGCAACAAUUAUCGUCCUUGCCUGGUUCUAUGACUGGAGUAGAAAGAGGUUUCCUGGAAGCUGGAGGAUUAUGCUCCGCCCAGAUGUUCUGAAUUGGCUUCUAAAGCUGCCCGAGCCUAAGGAGAAAGAAAGACAUGGAGUCUGGGUGACGAUGUAUUAUUUGAUUUUGCAGCUCAUUGGCCAGGGGCUUGAUAUUGAAGACCGAGAAGUCCUGGACGGAGUCUGCGAUGAUUUUUCAGAAACGAGCAUCAUCUCGCCUGCGAUGAUCCCACACUAUGGUUCCCGCAAGGAAGAUGACCACCCCGCAAUCCCAAAAGGCCUCAACCAAGAGCAGCGGGAUGCCGAUCAUAUGGUAGAAUUCUUCGCAGGAUGGGGUCUGGUCAAUAAUGACAGGUUCCGUCGAUUUGUUGUUCUUACAUCCUUUAAACCAUUCAGAAGAUGGGAGACGUGGAAUCACCUUGAACUUCGUUAUGGAGCCAAAGAUUUUAUGAAGAACUUCGAAAUCGAUUACAAGCAUUACUGGAGUAAACUCAAGAUGCCGCAAAAGCCAGGCUCUUCAUCUUCGGACGAAUCCAGAUCACAGCAGCAGCAGCAACACCAAGCACCCGCACCAUCUGUCUUUACACCGAGGACACCGGGUGUUUCCAUGAACGAACCAGGUGCUCCCCGUUCUCGGCCCUCGCGUCUCCCUCCGAGGCCUAUGAACUAUCCACAGCCUUACCAAUGA